AUGAGGCUGAACCCAAAACCCUGCACACACUCCGGUCAAGUCGACUCAACAGUCGCGGCCAACGCAACCGUCGCUCUCAUCUCUACGACAGCCGUGGCAUCACUCUUCUUCGCAGGUCCGAUCCUGGCUCUCGUGGGCUCCAAGAUCGCCUUCCUCAUCGGCGGCUGGAUGUGCGCUAUCCACAGCGAAAUUACUAAAGACAAUGCAAACAGAACCUUUGUCAUCGCCGACGGUGCCGUUCUCGGCAUCGGCUCCUCCUCCAUGUGGAUUAUCCAAGGCGCUAUAAUGACAACCUACGUCCACGGGUCGCUAAAGGGUCGUGCCAUCGCCGCCUUCUGGAUCAUCUUCAACCUCGGCCGCGGCGUCGGCAGCCUCGCCGCCUCUGGCCUAAACUUCUCCUCCACCACGGGCACCGGUAAGGACGCAACCUACGCCGCCCUCAUCUCCGCUGGAAUUGCGAUUGUCGGGAUUCCUCAGCACCUUUCUGUCGUCGGUGCCUCCUCGUCUCCAACGUCGGUGGGCCCCGUGUGGAAGCGGUAUCUGGGUAUGAAGGGAAUCCCCAAGAUGGGUGAGAAAGACACUUGCUUGGUAGACAUGAGCGGAAGAGUUGAGCUCCACUUCAAUAUGAACGCCAAAGAUUCGCGCAACCUGCUUCACGCAAGAGGACGGCAUGACUUUAAGGGAAGCGAAAGUCAUGCAAAGGGGUCUUCGGCUACCAGUAUAUCUGAAAUGCAUGACCAAGAACUUGCCCUGGUCGAAAUCAUUACCGGCUCUCCUAUUCCAUUCGAACAACGGCUGGAAAAUCCGUGCGAUGAUCCUGCAGUCCUCUUCCCAAGUGUCGGAAGUGACGAGGACGUUAGGGAAGCCGAGCCUGCUCAGCCUGUGCAAGAAGUCUUGCCGGUCAAGAUGGUCCUAAACCCCUGA